AUGCUGCUCCCCUCUGCCCUGUCGUGCGACGCACGCCCGCCUGCCGCCCGCUCGCGCUUCCCCAGCCGGCUCUUCCCAGCAACACCACCACCCUCCGACGCCGACGGCCUGAUUGCCGGCACCGCGCUGUUCGGCACCUGUCGCGCGCUGCAAUCGCUGCUCAACGCCUCGCCCGCCGCCUCGCCGCGCGCCGCGAAGCCGGCGCGCCUGCAGAGCCCGCUGCACAUGCGCCCGCAGGCCGUCACCCGCGUCGCCAAACCCAGCGUGAAGCCGCCCCGCGGCGCCAACAAGCGGCGGCGCACCGUCUACGAGGAGGGCGAGAAUGAUAAUAGUGGGAGUAGCAGUGACGAGGAUCGAGAGCAGCGGCUGGACAGAUUCUCCACGCCCAAGCGCCAACGUCGCGCGCCGCCCGACCUGCCCCUCGGCCUGGAUCUGUCAGAUUUCCGCUCGCUCGAUCCCCCGCCGCCCAACGACGGCGAACCCACUUCGCUGCCCCCGCCACAGCAACAGCCGUCAUCACAACAACAAGAACAAGAACAAGAACAGCAGCAACAGCAACAGCCUCUCCUCCUCCUCCUCCCCCUCCACCCCAAACCCACUGCCACCAGCGCCGACCCACCCCAUCCCCAGCACCUCGCCGCCACCACCGCCGCCUCUGACCCCCUUGACCCCAGCCCGGACUGGACCAGCGAAGACGACGGCCGGCUGGUCGACCUGGUGCUGGAGAAACUCAAGCUGUCCAAGCGCGACUGGAACGACUGCGCGCGCAAGAUGGGCAAGGACCACGACAGCGUCGGCCGCCGCUGGAAGGCCCUCGUCGGCGAGGGCAACGUCGGUCUGCGCCGCGGCAAACGCAUGGUGCGCUCGAGGAUCCAUGAGAACUGGAGGUGA